AUGUCUCGCCCUUUACAGGGAAAAGUUGCUAUCGUCACGGGAGGCUCGCGAGGGAUCGGCGCUGAGAUUUCAAAAGAGCUGGCACGGAGAGGGGCUUCCGUCGCUCUGACUUAUGUUUCAUCACCUAAGGGAGCACAGGCAACAAUCUCUCAGAUCGAGUCCGAGUCCGGUGGGAGUGUGCAAGCCAUUGCUAUACAAGCCGACUGCGCUGAACCGACGACGGCAGCUCCAAGACUGGUAGCAGAGGUGGUCAAGAAAUUCGGAAGUCGGAUUGACAUUAUAGUCAACAAUGCUGCAAACGGGAGCGAUCAAACACUGAAUGAAGUCGACCGCGAGAUAUUCGACACAAUGUUUCAUACAAACGUCCUCUUCCCGUUGCUGCUGGUCAAGGAGAGUGUACAGUACUUGAGCAAAGGAAGCCGCAUCGUCAACAUUUCCUCGUCUGGAGCGCGAUCACCCAUGCCGUACUCGAUUCUCUACUCGGCAACCAAAGCUGCUUUGGAAAGUAUCACAAGAACACUAGCGGCACAGCUCGGUGAAUCGCACGAGACUACAGUCAACGCUGUCAAUCCUGGACCAGUCAAGACUGACAUGUGGAAUGCGACCGAUAGUGUUGAGGAGGUUGAAAAGCCCAUCAUCCAGCGAACCCUAGCUGCGAAACGCAUCGGUCUCGUGGACGAUAUUGCACCCAUUGUGGCAUUCCUGUGUGACCCCAGUGCCAGAUGGGUCACGGCCAACGUCACUUGCGCCAAUGGAGGGUUGAUCAUGCUUUGA